AUGUUUCUUACGCGUUCAGAAUACGAUCGGGGUGUUAACACCUUCUCUCCAGAGGGUCGUCUUUUUCAAGUUGAAUACGCAAUUGAGGCUAUCAAGCUUGGCUCGACAACCGUCGGCAUUCGAACACCAGAAGGUGUUGUCCUUGCCGUGGAAAAGCGUGUGCAAUCGCCACUGCUGGAGUCUAAUUCAAUCGAGAAGAUUAUGGAAAUCGAUACUCACCUUGGAUGUGCGAUGUCUGGAUUGACUGCAGACGCGAGGACGAUGAUCGACCAUGCACGAGUAACUGCCCAAAACCAUGCAUUUACUUACGACGAGCGGAUCAAGGUCGAAAGCGUAACGCAGGCCGUGUGUGAUCUUGCACUACGGUUUGGUGAGAGCGUGCACGAUGAGGAGGCUAUGAUGAGCAGACCGUUCGGCGUAGCUCUGCUCAUCGCUGGGAUCGAUGAACUCGGGCCACAACUAUAUCACACGGACCCUUCGGGAACAUUUGUGCGAUAUGAUGCAAAGGCAAUCGGGUCAGGUUCAGAAGCCGCCCAGAGCGAAUUGCAGGACAAAUGGCAUAGGCAAAUGACCCUACGAGAAGCUCAAUUGUUGACUCUGAAUGUUCUGAAGCAAGUCAUGGAAGAAAAACUAGAUCAACACAACGUACAACUAGCUCAGGUUACACCGAAAGGCUUUGAAAUCCUUAAUGAGGCAAGUCUGAAGGAGGUCAUCGAAGCCAUGUAA